AUGGAGUCGGUCCUCAGGUGUAUGCAGGCGUGUCGGCGGCUGCUGGUGGUGCUGAGCUCGGACUGUCUGUGCGAGAAGAGCAUCAGUCUGCUGGAGUGUCGUCUGUGUUUGUACCUGCAUCACGCGUCGCGCGCGCCCCUCAUCACCGUGAGACGGCGCGCGCUCAGCGCCCCCUGCGGCGACAUCGCGGAGCUGCGCAACAACUCCACCUCCGUGCGCUGGAACUGUUAUUUGUGUGUGUUUCAUUUCAUCUCUUGCGCACUGGAGGAGAAACCCGUGAACCUUAGCGUUCAGUUCCUGUUUCGAGAGUCUAUGCUUACUGCUGACACAGAUGAGGAAGACAUGAAGAAGCCAGUCUGCUCUCUCUUGGCCUUGGUCGUGACCACGCUGCUGCUUGCAGCUGCAUCUGGUGUGAGCGAUGCAGCGAUGAACAUCACGGCUGUUUUGGGUCACAGCGUUACAUUCAGAUGUCCUUCGAACCACAGCAAACCUGUUGAACGCUUGUACAUACAGAGAGUUAUAAAAGAUAAAGAAGACAUGUACAUCAAUGGGUUUACUAAUGGCCGCGAAAUACCAGGGAAGGGUUACCAGAGCAGAACCAAAGUGAACACAAUGGACUACAGCAUGGAGAUGAGAAACAUCUCAGUCGGUGAUGAAGGAUCGUACAUUUGUGUUUUUGUUUUCGUCGACAAAGCGUACAAACCUGAAAUCUCAGAGAUUUUCCUCAAAGUCACAGCCGAGUACAGCGUCCCCACAAUCACGCCUGACUGCAGUGAACAUAGACGAGGCGUCAGCGGCACGGGGAUGAGCUGUCACUUAAGCUGCUCGGCGGUGGGAGGAUACCCACAGAGCACCGUCAGAUGGGCGGGGCUUAAUCCAAGUCUGACGAAUGUAUUUUACAACUGGAGUUUAGCACAUAACGACUCCAAAACAUGGACCAUCAACCAAACCAUCAUGUACAACUGCGACCAGCCAACCAAUGUCAGCUGUGCUGUAUGGGGCGCUGUUUCCCACACCAUCACCAUAUGUAAGUGUGUUGGAUGUUAA